AGUAGUAAAUGGGAAGAUGGCGUCUGCAAGAAAGGACAACGUGAUCGCAGAGGACGACGAAUAUUUUCGGGAGAUAAUCAAUGAGAGGAGCGUCGAUGAUAUUUCUCUGGAGUUCUUCUACAAACCGCAUACUAUAACAUUACUAGCGGCGUCCAUUUUAGGUUUACUUUAUUCCGUUUUCACCAGGAAUGAUGAGUCAUUUGAAAGCAAUAUUUGGAGUGGACUGUGCUGUGUCGCAUUCUUCUUCCUCAUCAUCAGUGUCCUCACGUUCCCUAACGGUCCCUUCACGAGGCCACACCCUGCAAUAUGGCGAAUAGUGUUUGGUGUCAGUGUUCUGUACUUCAUGCUGUUGCUGUUUAUCCUGUUCAUGACGUAUGAGGACGUCCGCAAGAUGAUCGUCUGGCUCUACCCGGAGCUGAAGGACAUCGGACCUGACGAGAAGGAGUAUGCAGUGAACUGCUCUGAGAUCACUUGGUCUCGAGUGUGGUCUCACAUGGACGUGUUUGCCUUCAGCCACUUCCUGGGCUGGGCGAUGAAGGCCAUCUUGAUACGGCAUUAUGGGAUACUGUGGACGAUCAGUAUCAUGUGGGAACUCACUGAGGUGGUUUUUGCUCAUCUGCUUCCAAACUUUGCCGAGUGUUGGUGGGAUUCGUGGAUCCUCGAUGUGUUGCUAUGCAACGGUCUUGGAAUAUUCGUCGGCAUGUAUGUGUGCAAGAUUCUUGAGAUGAGGACCUUCCACUGGGAGAGCAUCAAAGACAUCCAUUCAGCGAGUGGGAAGUUUGGCCGAGCCGUUCUACAGUUCACACCUGUCAGCUGGACUCAUGUACGCUGGCUCGAUCCGAACUCUACGUACAUGAGAAUUAUUGCAGUGUGGAUCCUCAUUGUGUUCUGGCAGAUUUCAGAACUGAACACGUUCUUCCUGAAGCACAUCUUCUACGUGCCACCGCCACAUAUAAUCAACGUGUGGCGCCUCGCCCUGGUGUGUGCCAUCUCUGCCCCCUCUAUCAGACAGUACUACGUGUAUGUAACGGAUACCAGGUGCAAGAGAGUCGGCACGCAAUGCUGGAUCUACUGUGCCGUGACACUGACUGAAGGCAUCGUGUGUGUGAAGUUUGGCACGGAACUCUUCCGUCAGACGGAGAUCUUCUACGUCGUCCUGUGGCUCGUUAUGCAGAUGGCUAGCAGUUUCAUCUGUAUCUAUCUCUGUGCUAAGUGUGGCAAGAACAAAUGGAAGACCAUAGAAGAUGAAACACAGAGCAUGGAACAAGAAACUGUCGGCGAUUUCAUCCCGAAUAAAAACCAGUCGACCAUGCCGUUCACUGGGGUGAACAAAGUGAACAAAGUGAAUGGACACCCUGCACGCCACCGCAACAGAAAGCAUAUACCGAACGGCGCGACUUGAUCAACAGGCAGCUUCGAGUUGCCGCUAGGAUUGUAAUAUAUAAUCAGCACCGUCGUUGUUGUGUGUUGUCUCCCCUUUACAGCGUGAAAACGGCGUCAGCUUUUAUGUUAAGUUUGAUGUUUAAAGUUUCACUUUUUUUGCUCCAUUUUGUCAAAAAUUAUAGAUCGUGCAUCAGUGAAGCUUGGUUUGUAGUUGGGUUUAUGGAUAUUAGUCGCAAUGUAUGUGAAGAAAUUUAUUAAUUAAAAUUUUAAUCGAAUGUUUUUCAAAAAAUAUUUUUUGGUUAAAAGUUUUAAGUUAAUUUUUUUAUUAUUAAAUUUUUGUUUAAUUUUUCAUUUAUUUCUUUUUAUUUUUAAUGUUUUUUGUUUAAUUAUUAAUGGUUUUUUUAACAUACAUUAAAACGAACAUCUAUGAAUGCAACUGUGAGAGACAUCGAAUAAGUUUAUGGUUGGCAAGACAUUUAAUUCUGAGGUAUUCCUAUGUUGUUAUGCCUCUCAUGUUGUUGUGUUAUGGGUAAAAAACCACAAAGUUUACGAUGGCAGAAAUUUAAUUUGCUGUAACGAUUGACAAUGCAAAAUCUGGUUUCUCACUUUAUAACCCUAGUUGCAGGGAUAUUGAUAAAACAUGUUGGUGCUUGGUUACAAACCCCCACCCCCCAACAAAACCCAUAACAACUACGAUUGGUUUUAAAAUCUUUGAGAUAAAACCAGUAUUGAGAAUGAUAUUUUGCGACAGUUGAUUCGAAACUUUUAAGUAACGCGAAGUCUGUGACGUGAUUUUUACCCAUGUAACCAAUUGUUCAGUUAUGUGAAUAAUAUUUGUAUGACCUAAUCGAUUGCCACAAACUUGCAAUUGAAAUUUAUUGUCUCAAGUUUGCAACUUUUUAAAGUUAGGCUAGAGAUGUUCGUAAAACCAUUGUAGGCUAUGACGUCACUACAGCAUUGUAGGCUAUGACGUCACUACAACAUAAGCCUUGCAGAUAGCCACCUAUAGUCUAUUCCAUCCUAUUAAGAUGUCUUUUGUAAAUAAUUUCAGGUUGAUUAAUUAAAACAAUUAAAAGUGUUUUGGAAAUAACUAAAAAUAUAAGAUUUUUGUGUUCAAUUUACAAACCAGUAGGUUGAGAAAUACAUAAGCAUAAGCCAUAGUAACGUCAUAGUUUACGAUAGGUUUGUGAUCUCAUAGCACUAAGAUAGCUUCAAAAAUAUAUGAGCCCAAAUUUGAAUCUGUUAACUGUAUAAGGCUGGCUUUCCAUUAGUGCGUUUAUCACUUUGCAGCUAGCCAUCUAUAGUCCAUCCCAUCCUCCUAUAAAGAUGUCUUUUGUAAAUAAUUUCA